CGCGCGCGCACCCACGACGACCCGUUAAACAACCCAAACGCCCAAACCAACCCCCCAACCCCCAGUGUAUCACCACCGGGCUCCGCCUCUGCUACUGCGCGUCACGUUCUCUCCCCUUCCCCCUCCCCCUCCCCCUCCUCCUCCCCCUCCCGCCGCCGCUGGACGGUUCAGCGACCCUGCGGCGCGUGGCGACCUUCGGUUUCCCGUUCUUAGUCGGUCCCUCCCUCGAGGGAGAGGAGGCGGCGGCGGAGGCGCCUGCGGCAGAUGUCGCUGUUCCGACGGCUGUUCUACCGGCGGCCGCCUGACGGGCUGGUCGAGAUCUCCGGCAACAUCCUCGUUUUUGACCACUGCUUCUCUAUGGAUCUAUUUGAAGAAGAUGAGCUGAGGCCAUAUAUUGGGGGCAUCUUAAAGCAGCUACUUGGCGGCUACUCCAUCGACUCAUUCAUGGUAUUCAACUUUGAGGGAGGCAAGAAGGACAACCAAAUUGCUAGCAUUUUCUCAUACUACGACAUGAGUGUGAUGGGUUACCCACGUAACUAUGAAGGAUGCCCCUUGCUCACCAUGGAGAUGAUUCACCAUUUCCUGAGGUCUAGUGAAAGCUGGCUCUCAUUAAGCCAGGACAACUUCCUGCUUGUACAUUCAGAACAUGGUGGGUGGCCAGUCCUUGCUUUCGCAUUGGCAGCCUUACUGGUUUACCUCGGAAGGUAUAAUGAUGAGAGGAAGGCUUUGGAGAUGGUCUGCAGACAGGCACCAGAUGGGUUAGCUGAGCUAUUCUCACCACUUGACCCAGUGCCUUCUCAGCUGAGAUACUUGAAGUAUGUGUCAAAACGGCACGUAUCACAGGAACUGUGGCCUCCUGUUGACAGAAUGCUGAAUUUGAAUUGUGUAAUAAUCAGGAAGGUACCAAAUUUUGAUGGGCAUGGUGGAUGUAGGCCAAUAUUCCGGAUUUAUGGCCCAGAUCCCCUUGCGCCUAAUGACAGGAGUACUAAAGUUCUAUUUUCAAUUCCAAAGACAAGCGAUUUUGUCCAGCUUUACUCACAGGAAGAUUGUGAGAUAAUCAAGGUUAAUAUUCGGUGUCCAGUUCAAGGAGAUGUUGUAAUGGAGUGCACCAGCCUGGACGAGGAUUUUGAACAUGAAGUUAUGAUGUUCAGAGCCAUGUUUAGCACGGCUUUUAUUGAAGACAAUCUGUUGCUACUCGAUAGGGACCAGAUUGAUAUUCUGUGGGACACAAAACAUCAGUUUCCUGCGGACUUCAGAAUUGAGGUCAUAUUUUCGGAGAUUGAUGUGACCACAUCAAUUUGCAAAUCUGAGUUAUCUUGUGAGGAGAAAGAAAGCCUUUCCAAGGUUAAUGAUGCCUUCAGUCAUCUGGAUUGGUCUAGCAAAAGUGAUCACAUCACAAAUGAUGAAUCAGAACAGAAGAGAUUACGCAAUGAGCAUGAUGGCUUUGAUGUGAUACCCCUACAGGAAACAGAAAUCAGCAACAUCACAGCUGAACUUAACUUGCAAGAUAGCAGAACUGUCGAGAUUAAUCAGAUAGAACCAGGAGAUGACCAUUCUUCUGCGCCAGAGUUUGAGGGUGGCAAGCAUUCUUUGCCACAACCUGAAGUACCCGAGCCGAACUCCCAAGAAGGUCAACUCUUCCAGGAUACAUCUACACGGGAAAAGCCAGAGGUGGAUAACAUCAAGAAUGAACCCGGUUCAGAAAUGCAUUCAAAGAAUUUCAGAGAAGCUAGUGAUGCUGCAGCCGCCGAAUGGUCUGACACCAAUUCAGAUGUGUUCCUGUCAGAUACACCCUCAAGCAGCGCUCCGUCUAGCCCGCCAAAGUUCGACGAAGAUGUCCUGGAAGCUGGAAUUGUUGUAACACAAUGACAACAGCUGCAGAUAUGACGAGUGCACGGCUUCUACUGUAAAUGAAAAAAUCUCAUGAAAAAAAUGUACUUACAUACAUACACCUACGGUAAAAAAAUCUCAUGAAAAAAAGAGAGAUGAUUGUCGAGACCAUAAGCAGUACAGUUCAGUUCCGCAAACAUGCAUGAAAUAUUUCAGAUCUCACCA